CUGAUACUCUGCUCUCAGACAUCUCUCAGGAAUUUCUACUACUAAAACAAAUCAAGUCAAAAUCUAAAAUUUUCUGGGAGGAAAAUAAAUGAAGGAGAAGGUGAUUCUGGUGGAUAUGCAUCCUAGCAUGUUCGGAAUAAGGGCGAGAGUGGCGUUAGCAGAAAAGGGCGUGGAAUACGAGUGCAGAGAAGAGGACUUGCAAAACAAAAGCCAGUUUCUGCUUGAGAUGAACCCUGUUCACAAGAAGAUCCCCGUUUUGAUCCACAACGGCAAACCCGUUUGCGAGUCGCUCAUCAUUGUUGAGUACAUCGACGAGGUUUGGAGCGACAAAUCCCCUCUGCUGCCUUCUGAUCCUUACCGGCGAGCUCAAGCUAGGUUUUGGGCUGAUUACAUCGACAAAAAGCUAUAUGAUGCUCAAAGAUGGAUAUGGUGUGUGAAAGGAGAGGAGCAAGACGAGAAGAAGAAGGAAUUCUUUGAGAUCCUCAAACAGUUGGAGUCGGAGCUUGGCGAGAAGCCCUUCUUCGGCGGCGAGAGGUUUGGGUUUGUUGACGUGGCGUUGAUCACAUAUACACCAUGGUUUCAAACCUACGAAACGUGCGGCAACUUGAGCAUGGAACAACACUGCCCUAAACUGAUUGCGUGGCUCAAGAGGUGUUCCCACAAAGAGACCGUCUCUAAAUCCUUGUCGGAUCCCAACAAAGUUUACCACUACUUUCUAACCCUCAAGGAAAGGCUUGGCAUCGACUAGCCAUGGUUUCGUGCAAAUUUGGGGCAGCUAUUUUCUAUGUGCGCUCAUUAAAUUCUGUCCAUGUACAAACUUAGCUACAAAUCACGCAUAUUCUGCAGUACUCCACGGAGUCUGGGCAUACUUUAAUUUGUAAAAUUAUUUAUUGUUAUGUACACUAAAUGGGUCUUUUACUAGCUAUUCUAUAAUCUAAAUUUCUAUAUAUUUAUUUUA